GCCGCGACUCUCCCGUCCCUCCCGUCUCCAGCUAGUAGCCCUGUUCCAUUGUGCCAGCUAGCCAGCCUUUAAGAUCGCGGGCAGUCUCUCCCCUUUGCGUUUAGUUUCUUCAUCGUUUCUCCUCUUCUCAUCAACCCCGGUAUGAUACUAUGAUGAGGCAAUGACACUUACACACGUUGAUACCCCCAAGUUCUACCCAUCCACCCCAUCAUGGCAGACCCCACAGCCAACCUCUCCCGAGGGCCGAUCCUUCUUUCCCUUUCUCUGGCCACUGCAAGUUUUGUUUUCGCCACCACCUUCGUCCGCUUCUGCACCCGCAAGGGAAUCCACGGCGGGUACGGAGCCGACGACUACACGAGCGGGGCGGCCAGUGUGAUAGCACUAAUAGGGACCGUCUUCGGCAUCCUGGAGAGCACAGCCUCGGAUCCGGCGCGCGCCCUGCAGUUCAACGUGCUCGGGCAGCCGUGGUACCUCGUCAGCGUCACCCUCAGCAAGAUCUCGAUAUGCCUUUUCUUCAUGGACCUCUUGAGGAGGGCGCGGCAGUGGAGGAUAUUGCUCGCCGCGCUUGUUGUGGUAAUGGCCAUCACCAACCUGGCUUUUGCCUUGGCUGGGUAUCUGCAAUGCCGGCCGUUGGAGAAGAUGUGGGAUCCGGAUGUCCCGGGCGACUGCCUCUCGGGGCCGGGUACACAGAUGAGUCUUGGCUACGCUCAGGGGGCAUUCUCCGUCUUCUCAUGGGUCUUCUCUGCCCUCUUCCCGCUGCUGAUACUGCGCGACAUCUCGCGUGACGGCGAGCCACGAUGGCCGUUCUAUGUCACAUCCGUCCUGAGCUUGGUCUGCGGGAUCUUCGUCAUAGUCCGAACCGCACAGAUCUCCCAAACAGCGGGCGUGACGACCUACACCCUCCACUUCUUCUACGCCUCGCUCAUGGCCAAGUGGGUCUCACACCCUUUUAUUUCCUUACUACCAACACCCUAACUCACUCUAUUUAACCACCCAUCAGCCUAGAACAAAACCUCUCUCUAACCGCCUCCAAUCUCCUCACCCUCGGGCCCCUCUUCUUCUCCCCCACUCGUCCCUCCUUUAC